AAGAAAUAGAUCGUGGGUUCGGUGGACCGACCCCUCCGUUUUUUUUCUCCCCGUCGACGUAAGCAUGCGGUAAAAGGUUGAGAGAGAAAGGUAGAGAAACCAGAGAUAGAGAGGUCCUCUAAGAGGCGGCGCCGCCUUAGAGAUUUGCCGGCGGCGGCCGAGUUAACGAUGGGAAACUCUCUGGGCUGCUCGGCUUCCGGCGAACGUCUUGUGUCGGCAGCGAGAGAUGGUGAUCUUAUUGAAGCUCGCAUGUUGCUGGAGUUCAACCCUUGUCUUGCCAAGUACUCGACCUUCGGGGGCCUCAAUUCUCCACUCCAUUUCGCCGCCGCAAAGGGCCACAACGAUAUAGUUACGCUGUUGCUAGACAAUGGGGCAGACGUAAAUUCGAGGAAUUAUUGCGGCCAGACGGCCUUGAUGCAAGCUUGCCGGCACGGGCAUUGGGAGGUCGUGCAGACGCUGUUGCUCUACCGCUGCAAUGUUACUAGAGCGGAUUAUCUGAGUGGCAGGACGGCACUGCACUUUACAGUGGUGGACGGCCAUGUUAGGUGCAUAAGGCUUUUGGUUGCUGACUUUGUUCCCAGCGCUCCCUAUUCGACGGCAGCUUCUCUUGAGGUUGGAGACAGAGAUGGAUGUAGCAGGAGCAAUAGCCUUGAUUCAUCUUUGGGACAUAGAUAUGAUCAGAUUGCUCUGGCGAAAUUUAUUAGCAAGCCAGCUGAUGGUGGUAUCACUGCUCUCCACAUAGCAGCUUUGAAUGGCUAUGUUGAGUGCGUUCAACUUUUACUUGAUCUGCAUGCCAAUGUUGCCGCUGUUACAUUUCAUUAUGGUUCUUCGAUGAAUUUGAUCGGAGCGGGAAGCACUCCUUUGCAUUAUGCAGCUUGUGGAGGAAAUCUUAGAUGUUGCCAGUUACUUCUGUCUCGAGGUUCUAGCCGAUUAACAUUGAAUUGUAACGGUUGGAUUCCAGUUGAUGUUGCCAGGAUAUGGGGCCAUCAUGCACUUGAGCAUUUACUUGUGCCCAAUUCUGAUAUGAGCAUACCAGUUUUUCCGCCAUCAAAUUAUCUCACACUGCCUCUAAUGAGCAUACUUAAUAUUGCAAGAGAGUGGGGUUUGCAAUCUAUGACCGUUUGUGAUGAUACUGAUCUUUGCCCUGUUUGCCUAGAGAGAUCCUGCAAUGUUGUUGCUGAAGGUUGCUCACAUGGGUUGUGUGUCAAGUGCGCUCUUUACCUCUGCUCAACCAGCUGCUACACCUCAGAAACCUUAGGCCCUCCAGGAUCAAUUCCAUGUCCUCUAUGCCGCAGCGGAAUCGUCUCUUUCAGCAGACUUCACAGCAGCCCAAUAAAGGAUCUCAAAUCAACACCAUCUCUCAGCUUCUGCAACCCCUGCAUUCUUCAUCCUCGAGCCACAGAGCCCCCCACCACACCUUGUAGAUCCGAGUUCUGUAAGAACCGUGAAAUGGCUUCGGAGCUCAUCUGUCCACUCACUUGCUCCCCAUUCCCUUCCGUCGCCAUCCCGACCUGCUACUGUGAUGACAACCUGUGCCCAACUCUCGAACCUCAAGAGGACAGCAGCGCUCAGGCACAAUCUCCACAUCGCUCACAAAGCCUGGCAAGCGAAUCGGACAAAUUCGAUGAUCACAGGCUUGAAAGAACGAGCUGCUCUGGGAUUUUUUGGAGCAGAAGAAGUUGCCAUAGAGAACACCUAUGUAAUUCUGAGAUAAAUGCUUGAACAGUCUGGCUCGAAUAGAAGAGUGUGAUAGUUACUGUGAUUUUACCUCUGGACGAAGGUAAAUCAGUUCCAGCUUUAAGAUGUCGGGUUGCCGGCUUCUUGGAUGAAAGUAUUAUGGGUGAAGGCCGUCGAUAUUGCUCUCAAAACUGGCAACGAGCGACGAGCAACAUGUUGUAUGGUAUGGGUCUUGUUACAGUCAUUGGUUAUGGUUUGUGAUUGUAUAUUUUUUAACUUAUUUUAUGCUCUGUUUGUGUUAUUCUAUGAUGACUUUGAGUGAAGUGACUGGUUCAUUUGACAGGUAAUGAUAGUUAUUUUUAUAGAAUAGAUUUA